AUGUUCCUGCAUCUCCACCUUCGAAUUCGAGUGGGCAAAUCCCCGCGGCCCCUGUUGGAGUAUCCUAAUUCCGAAGUUUUGAAUUUUUUUGCGUUCCCCGCCUACAUUGAAGAUGUCGACGCGACUAUGACAUGCCUGGAGAACCUGAAGGAUCUCACGGGGACAUGGCCACCUGUGAGAGUCGGAGGAACAACCCAGGAUCGGGCAACAUAUGAUCCCACCUCAACCGAAGCUGUCACUUAUACCGUGGCCAGCGCAGGUGCUGCACCCGAGACUUUGACCUACGGCCCAUCCUUCAUUUCCUUGGCUGCUAGCUAUGCUGGAGAAGUCAUUAUCGGACUAAACCGGCGCUUGAACAAUAUCUCGAACACAAUCGCGGCGGCUGUCCUUGCUCAAAGCAAAAUGGACAACUUGUACUCGAUUGAGCUGGGAAAUGAGCCCAACUUCUUCACCAGCAGUGAUCCAAUUGCAAACGGUGCAUCGUGGACAUCCGCAGUAGACGAAGCAUCUCAAAUCAGCUGGCAGGACCAAGUUUGCGGCAAUCUCUCUGCGACCGAUAUCAUCUCGGCAGGCGUCUACUUCGGCACGUCGCCCAUGAGCGUCGCAAGCCUUGCGACAACCGAAGGUGACUCGAAUGAAUAUGUCAAAGAUUAUUGCUCGCACAACUAUCCUCAGUCCUCUGGCUCCUAUAAUCUGGCCACCCUUAUGGGCCAUAGUGAUAUUGCCUCCCAGAUCGAGCCUUAUGCCGCUGAAAUCUCUGCUGCUGCUAACAAGGGCAAGCCGCAUAUCUUUGGCGAGACAAACUCCGCAACCCAAGGCGGCGGCGGCAUCAGCCCGACAUUCGGUGCGGCCCUCUGGAUCCUGGACUACGUGAUGCAGACAGUCCUCAUGGGGACCGACGCCCUCUACUUCCACCAAGGCACCGUCGGAAACUGCCAAUACUGCUGGUGGGGCCGCUACGACAUGGGCUCCCCCUACUACGGCGCCUACUUCGCCACAAUGGCGCUCGCCAACGCAGACCAAAUCGCACCCCUAGAUAACCAAGAUACCAAAUACGCCGCCUACGCCAUCUACAAGGACGGAGCUCCAGUCCGAGUUCUUCUCUAUAACUCCGAUUAUUAUACGAGCGGAACCCGGUCGUCACAAACGUUUACCCUCUCCGGACUUUCGGGUAGUGUUACAGCCAAACGGCUGACCGCAGCUUAUGCUACGUCAAGGGUUGAUCAGGGACAAAAUCCCACUGUUGCUGGGCGGACGUUUGCGAAUGGGACUUGUACGAUUCAGGGGACGGAGAGUGUGGAGACGGCGUCUGUUUCUGGUGGGAAGGCGACGUUUACUGUUGCGGCUUCGGAGGCUUUGCUGGUUUACCUGUGA